UAUCACAUGUAAACCUAAUUUAAACCACAAUUAACGAUAUUUUAUUAUUAUUUUAUUAUUAUUUUCAUGGGUUCCUAAAUAAUGAAAUAAAAGGGACUUAAUUUGCUAAUUACCUAAUAAAAAAUUAUCAUCCUGAAUGAUAACGUUUUCAAAUCGUUGCGUUUUUUUAAAAAAAACAAAAAAAAGAUGCACCUGUCACCUUGCCCUAUGAGGAAUUCUAUUUUUGUUGUUUCGAACCGAUCGACAACCUCAAAUAACCUUCCACACACUUCAACUCCAUCAGAAAAUUCGAUUUAUUAUAAUGGGAAUCAGUCGAAUAAUCUUGAUCGUAACUUUCCACAGGUUACUACAAGCCCUUUACAAAAUUCAAUAUUAUCAGAUAGAAACCAAACCAGUACUAAUUUCUUGCAACAAUUACAAGUACCUACAACGUUACAAACUAACAACUCGCUGAGUUUGAGUUCUUCAACCUCUCGGUUCGUUCAAUCAGCACCUGUAUUGGACAGCUUCAAUACACAGAACUCAAUUAACACGCCUUUAAACUUAGUUCCGUCUGGUUCGGCUAUUAAUAGAAACAACUACGAACCGACCCACAGAUGUACUACUUGUGGACAUGUACACACAUGUGAUGAUUGUAAGCAUAUUUCUAAUAUUCAGCAAGUCAUCGAUCCGCCAGUAAAGAAAGUUCAUGAACCUAUUAUUAUAAAUACUGCAAAGGCAAUGGGCAGAAUUAAUAGAAGAAUGACGAAUGGACCUUAUUUCCGUCCUGAAAGGUCCAGGAAUGUUUUAAUAUCCCAAGACGAAAUUUUACAUCGUACAAUGGCUGAUCCUAACUUGAAUUUUACUGAUAUUGUUAAUCAAGUUGCAAAAGAAAAGGAGCAAGAACAAGAAAAAGCUAUGAUUACUGGAAAUUAUUCACACCAGAAUGGAUUUCAAAAUGGACAUCAAAAUGGACGACGGCAGGAGCGGCCUUUGAUGGAUUCGUCUAGUAUUACUAAUUAUCAAAACUCACAACGGCAACAACAAUCUAAUUUAUCAUCGAAUGGUUUUCAAAGUACUCAGAGUCCAACUAGUCCAAUAUCAACUUCAACUAUUAGAAGUCAGAGCCCGGUAAACCCGACAAUGGGACAACGUACUGGUUUUUCACCAACAAUGGAAGGACAACCUGUUCAAGACCAAACUAUUUUGCCGUCUGAUUUUAGCACCCUUUUACAAGGAGGUCCUUCUUCACAACCUUCACAACCUUCACAAGAACAACUUUUAAAUUCUAAUGCGACAAUAUUAACAACACCGGAUGUAACAAUUAUUUGUAAUGAACAACCAUCUUCUAUUUUAACGCCCAUUAUAAGAGAUUCUAAACUUGUCGAUAAUUCUUUGGGAUACAAAAAGACAAAUGUGCAAUAUGCUUCUUCACGGAAAAAUAUUGUUGCUUCCAAACCACGUCCUAAUCCUGUGACGCCAAAUCUUAAAAUUAGUAAUGGUGAUACGCUGAAGAGUAUGAAAGUUUUUUUUAGCAAAUUAUGGCAAUUUGGUUAGUUCAAGGCCGGAGUCUAAAUAGGCAAAAGAAUUUUUGCGCAUUAGAAAUUUAACAAAGAAACAAUAUUAUAAUAGAUUGUAAGCAGACACUAUAUUAUUAAAUAUUAUUUUCGAUCAAAUAAUGAUACAUAAAUAGCAAAACCAACACAAUAGUUUGUUACUUAAUUUUUUCUUGUAGUAAUACUAGUACAAAGUAGUAAGAAAUUGUAUCUAAGGAUUUUUUGACAAUUUCAUUGCACCUUCAGGUGAAAAACUAAUUUCAGUAUAUUAUCUAUGCUAAUAGAUAAUCUUAGAAUUAUUUGCAGAAAUCGCAAAAAAUAAAAGCAAUUAAAUUAUACUUAAUCGGUAACUAUUUAAUUUUCGGAUAAUUUAAGUGUAUUAUGGCAAUUUUAAGUAUAUUUAUUACUAAAUUUCACUGCAGUUAACUUCUAUCACAUAAAAAAAUUUUUGAUUUGACCAAAU